UAAUUAAUUGAAACACCUGUGUAAAACAGGUAGUAUCAGGGGGGAAAUGGGUGCAGGUCAUGGCGCAGCUGUGUGUGUACGCUUUUGUGUAGAGAGACGUUGAAUCCUGCAGCACCUGUGUUACCAUCUGUAGUCCCCUCGUGGUUCACAUGGAACAAACUAAUAAAGAGGCCGCUGAGGAAACAGACAACACGCCGGGCAGGAUGCCUCUGAACGCAGGAGACACCGGAUACGGCAGCUUGCCAGGACCCGGGCUGUCGGGCAGUGUGGGCGGCUCGGAGUCGGCCCCGCUGCUCAUCCCGGAGACUGAGCCGGUCCGGCAGUGGCAGCCCAUGACCAAGGAGGAGCUGGAGGUCGUCGCGGGGGGUCCGGGGUGGAGGAAGGUGCGCUGUUACCUGGUGCUGCUGUUCUGGCUGGCCUGGGUGGCCAUGCUCGCCACCUCCAUCGCCAUCAUAGUAAUGAGCCCCCGGCCGGUUGUGACACCGCUCAGGUGGUGGCAGAAGUCGCUGUUCUACCAGCUGCAGCCAGACCUGUUCAUGGAGAAGCAGGCCGAGAGGUCAGGGGGCAUCAAUGCGCUGUAUGAGCAGCUUCCCUACCUCAAGUCCCUGGGUAUAGGGACCCUAAUCCUGCAGGGUCUGUCUGAUAAGGAGGCGUCUCCUUUAAACUUCACUGCGACUGGUGAGCGGUUUGGGACGUUGGCUCAGAUCCUGCAUCUACUCACAGAGAGCAACAAAGCAGGUCUCAAAGUGGUGUUAGAUUUCUGCAAACUGGAUCUGUUGGGACCUCAGGAUGUAGCAGGAAACACAGACGAGCCAUCAAACCACUCAGUACACCAUGCACUCCGGUUCUGGUUGAAGCAAGGUGUGGCAGGCUUUGCAAUCUGUGACACAGAUGCAGCAUAUUCAGAAAAGAUUCUGCUUGAGUGGAGAGGCAUCUUCAAGGAAUUCAACAGUCAGGAGUUGGAAAGGAUUGUGGUGGUAAAACAGAGCAGAGACGAUCGGCCUCCUCUAAACGUUACGCUGGUGGAUGUGGUCAUGAAGUCAAUUCUGCCAUCUUCGCAUCACCACCUGUCUGACAAGGAAGUCGCUAAUGCUAUAGAGACGCACCUGCAAACAAGAGAAGAUAUAUGGCCCAGCUGGACAGUUGGAGGUAAAGCAUCUCGCGACUUGAAGAAAUUACUCCUGGUGUUGAUGAUGACACUGCCAGGAUCACCUGCCAUCCAAUAUGACGAAGGGAUCGACAAAACACAGAACUUGUCUCUGAAAGCUGGCACGUCACAGGGAGCGUUGAACAAACCAUCAGACACCCACACAGACAAGGAAAAUGCGAAGCAUUCGGCUGUAGCACUCUUUACCUCCCUCAGUCGCUCCAGAGCCAGAGAAGAAGCUCUUCUGUACGGGACCUUCACUUUCCUCCCCUUCAAUUCCUCCUCCAACUCCACUCUUGUCUCUCCAUCUCCCCCGAUCCUGGCCUUCUUGCGCUCCUGGGGUUGUGUCCACUUCCUCAUUCUGCUCAACGUGGGGCCUGAGCUUCAUGCCCUGAAUCCCGCCUGGGCCCCGAGCCUGCCUGUAGCUGGAGUGUUUGUGACCAGCACAGGGAUGAACCGUUUAGGGUCGAUGACUCUGGACACGCUGGAACUGCAGCCCCAUGAAGCCAUUGUCAUCAAACUGUUUAAGGCAGGAAGUUACUCGUAGAGCUUCUCUGUAUUCAGUUGUUGGCAUUGAGCUACUGGGAUUCGAGUUUUCCUCACAGGAUGACAAAUGCCACACAAUUGUUUUGUUUAUUUUUAGUUGUGAUUGGUAUGUGCUCAGAGGUCAAAUAAAAUGUGUGUGUAAA